AGCAGGGCGUCGGAAUUCUUGAGGGACUACGAUGGCUUGGUCAUCUAGAUGCGGGUGGCGUACAGCGCCGUCGCGCAUUUCCUCCUGCAGUGGACCGACUGCAAGCUCGCCGCCGCGCUCGGCCUCCUCAAGGUUAUGCUAUACAAGGUAUCGCCGCCUUGCACCCUGCUAGCUCGUGCCCGUGCUCGAUUAGGGCUUUCACUCCACGAGUUGGCUUGCUGAGUUGCCGUUUCUCUGGCAGGUGUGCGCGGAUGGCUCGUCGGCGCUUCCUGAUUGGGACAUGGAGGCCAGCAUCAGGGAGUUCUACGGCGUCAUUUUCCCGUCGCUGCUGCAGCUUCCGAGUGGCAUCACCGAGCUGGACGACAGGAAGGAGAGGAAGCUCUGCCUCAAGAAAUUCAGGAGCAGGGAUGAGCAGCUCUCGGAGGUGGACACGGAGAGGGAGCUUGAGUGCGGGAUCUGCCUCGAGGUUAGCCCCAAGGUCGUGCUGCCCAACUGUGCCCACAUGCUCUGCAUGCGGUGCUUUGAGGAUUGGUAAUAUCUCUUUUGGUUUACAGCUGUUCAAGAAAGAAACAUAAUUGGCACGACCCCAUUUACAAGAUAGGGACUAUCUACUUCAUAGACGACAUUCGCGCUUAAUUUUUUUGCAUGAAAUAUUUAAAUUACUCCUACAAUGUCGAUUCCUACAUAACUGUUUAACAUCGUUUUAAGUCAGUUAUGUUUUUCAGCUAUGCACUUUCAUGUCGAUUAAAUUUUAUAAUUUAGUAGUUGCUAAAUACGUUAGAACGUUCAUGAAAUCUUGCUAUCAUAUUUUCCUAUAGUCUUAUUUAUUCUUACCUUUACAAUCCCAUAUAUUACAAAAAUCAUAUCUAACACCAAGUCGUUCAAACAUUUUUUGUUAUAGCAGGAAAUGGCACCUACUCUACUCCGCAGCUUAAAACCUCAAGAUAUGUCGGUAACCAUCCAAGUACAAGUUUCAAGGAAAUGGGAAUUUCAUGGAAAUACAGACAUUGGGUCCAUAUUACACAUUGAUAUGAUUUUGGCUGACAAAGAGGUUGUCGGUUUGGAGCCUUUUUAGUGUCAGAUGGUCUGUCUCUAUAUCUCUAUUCAUUUCACUGCAGCGCUGUUUGAGGUGCGUGGUCAAGUCGAGGCGAAGAUGAGCAAGGAGGAUGUGCUCAAGGUGCAGGUCUUGGAUUCAACAUAGUACUAGCAGUUUGGAAUCACCCGACGGGGAUGCUUUCCAUGUAAUAAAUAUUUUUGGAACGUUUCAGAUUUAACUUAUGUUGUUUCUGUUGCAAUCAACAUGGUGUCACUAUUUGGAUUCACCAGUAAGAAUAUUUGCCAUUUGGGCUUGUUAAUUAGGGUGCAAUUUUAUAUAAAACAUGCCUCGUUCACUUGCUUUCCAGUUCUUGAUUUCAGAUCUCUGAAGCCGAUUACGUACACAUUUCCUACCACGACUUUUAUUCUGCUUUCCUGUUCUCAACGUCUUGGACAUUGCCGGCGAGCGCGGUCUCCUCGGCAACUUCUACUGCUAACUCGGGUGCAAGAUGCCCAGCAAACUUCCCAAUCCAGCUGCCGGCAAGGAGAUGAGGUUCGCGACGGCGACAAUUUUCCACUACACAACCGGAUUCUUCAGCAGCAUAUGGAUCCGUUGAAGCGUCGUGUGACAAUGCCACCAAAGAGCAGCAACAAACAAGCUCAAAGUCUCCGCUAACCACUAAUCUCAUAAAGCUUGAAUUUUCUCAUUGCUAUGUUUCCUUCUCCUAGCAAAGUUAAGAUGUUUGCACAUUUCUAGCUUAUUAGGUCCUUGUGUGGAAUGUGUUUGAACAAUGAUCUCAUUUAAACAAUAUCAA